CCAUUAACUCCACAGCUAUUUCUUUUCCUCCAAAAUGGCGACUCACCUCGUGUGCCGGGUUCAUCCUGUGGUCCUUUUCAGUAUUGUUGAUUCGUACGAACGAAGAAAUGAAGACUCCAAACGAGUUAUUGGCACCCUGCUUGGAUGUUAUGACAAAGGUGCAGUAGAAGUGACAAACUGUUUUGCUGUGCCACACAAUGAAUCAGAUGAUGAGGUGGCCAUUGAUAUUGAGUAUGCCAGAAACAUGUAUGAGCUGUACCGCAAGGUUAAUGCAGCAGAAGUUAUCGUGGGCUGGUACUCUACCAGCGGGGACGUGUCAAGCCACUCAGUGUUGAUCCAUGAGUACUACUCCAGAGAGGCCAAGAACCCAGUACAUCUCACCGUCGACACAACAGUCAAGACCGGCAAACUUGGGAUGAAGGCAUAUGUCAGCACUCCAAUGGGCGUCCCAGGAAGAACUGUUGGAACAAUGUUUACACCAGUGACUAUCGACAUCGUCAGAUACGAGCCAGAACAGAUUGGAGUGAAUGUGCUGCAGCAGGGGAAGACUGUCAACAAGAGGAGUGUGUCCAUGUCUUCUGACCUGGCUCUUGUUGAGAGCUCCACAAAGAAGCUGAAGGAAAUCAUUGUCCUCGUCUUGUCCUACGUCGAUGAUGUCCUGAGUGGCAAGUUACCUGCUGACAGCAAGACAGGGAGGAUGCUAAUGAACAUCGUCACCAGUAUACCCCACACAGACACAGAGGACUUUGAGUCUAUGCUGAAUUCCAACAUGAAGGACUUGCUGAUGGUGGUGUACCUGACGAAUCUCACCCGGACACAGCUGGCUCUCAACGAGAAGCUCAGUCAGCUCUCCUCAUAACUACAGCCCUAUUUAUGUAUGCCCACCUUUGUAUCAUAGUCCUCAAUAAAUCAUUGUCAGGAGACACGGUUGAGUUGGGAAAUAACAGGAACUUUGCCUCUGAGGAGUGUGGGAUUUUUAUGCUGUAUUGCAGCAAUAUUUCAUGGUGGUUGCCUAAAAUAGGGGUUUCGACCUGGGCCCUGUUCUACAAGGUGGUUGCUGUUACCAUCACCAUAGAGCUACACUUGCAUUGUAGACAGGGCCCAGAUUUACUUCAGAGGGAGUCAUAUGCUGCUGCUCUAACUACUAGGAUAUGAAAGGAUAUCUGACUGACUUAUCAAGUGUAGGCUUUACAUGUUGUACCAGU